UCUUCACCACUUCUCUCUUCUUUCUAAUUAAGUUGUUCUCACCAGUCACCACCAUUGAUCUUCCUAGGUUUUCUUUUUGUUUCCGUCACAUACUCGAUCAAUUAUAAUUAUAUAUUCGGCUGCGAAGAUUUACAAGAAAUAAUGGAGCCAAUGGAAUCUUGUAGCGUUCCUCCAGGAUUUAGGUUCCAUCCGACGGACGAAGAGCUUGUCGGGUACUAUCUAAGGAAGAAAAUCGCAUCGCAAAAGAUUGAUCUCGACGUCAUCAGAGACAUCGAUCUCUACAGAAUAGAACCAUGGGAUCUACAAGAACAAUGUCGAAUCGGUUAUGAGGAACAAAAUGAAUGGUAUUUUUUUAGUCACAAGGACAAGAAAUAUCCAACGGGGACAAGAACUAAUAGAGCGACCAUGGCUGGAUUUUGGAAAGCCACGGGAAGAGACAAAGCUGUUUACGACAAAACAAAACUAAUUGGUAUGAGGAAAACACUUGUGUUCUACAAAGGACGUGCACCUAAUGGCAAGAAAUCCGAUUGGAUCAUGCAUGAGUACCGGCUCGAGUCAGAUGAGAAUGCACCGCCCCAGGAAGAAGGAUGGGUGGUUUGUAGAGCAUUCAAAAAAAGAGCUACAGGGCAAGCCAAGAACACGGAAACUUGGAGCUCAAGUUACUUUUACGAUGAAGUUGCACCGAAUGGAGUUAACUCGGUUAUGGACCCCAUUGAUUACAUAUCUAAGCAGCAACAUAACAUUUUUGGGAAAGGUUUGAUGUGUAAGCAAGAACUAGAAGGAAUGGUUGAUGGUAUAAACUAUAUACAAUCGAAUCAAUUCAUUCAGCUCCCACAACUCCAAAGCCCUUCUCUCCCGCUGAUGAAAAGACCUUCAAGCUCGAUGUCCAUAACAUCAAUGGAUAACAAUUACAACUAUAAACUCCCAUUAGCGGAUGAAGAAAGCUUCGAGUCAUUCAUAAGAGGAGAGGAUAGAAGGAAGAAGAAAAAGCAAGUAAUGAUGACGGGAAAUUGGAGAGAGUUAGACAAGUUUGUUGCUUCACAACUUAUGAGCCAAGAAGACAAUGGAACUUCAAGUUUCGCAGGUCAUCAUAUAGUUAAUGAAGAUAAAAACAACAAUGAUGUGGAGAUGGAUUCGUCAAUGUUUUUGAGCGAAAGAGAAGAAGAAAACAGGUUCGUCAGUGAAUUCUUGAGUACAAACUCGGAUUAUGAUAUUGGGAUUUGCGUAUUUGAUAAUUGAAUGAAACUACAUAGAUGGCAUGUGAGAUUUGUUGGUACGUUUACUUACACUUAUAUGAAAAUAUUAACAAUAUAACUAAUAAAGAAAAUUAAACAUAUGGUUUAGCCAUGUCUAGUUUUAUGAAAAGAAUGUGUUAGGGUUGUGAAUGAGUGAGGAUAUAAAUCUAUAUUACGUUACGUACUAUUUAUAUUCGAGUUUGAGUGACUAGGUCAGAGUUAUUGUUACGUUAUGAGGGUAUGAAUUGUGAGGUUUUCUAAAUUUUUUAAUUAUAGUUAGUUUUAUAGAGAUGAUUUAAGGGGCCAUUAAUUAAGUAUAGUUAGAAAUCAGAAUAAGAAAUCAUUGUUGUGGGGCAAGGAGAUGUCGAGCGUGCGGUGUGCACAACGGGGCUCCGUUGGGCAUGCUUUGUCGUCCACAAUACCAACGAGACUUUGG